AUGCAUAAAAUCGACCAGCUCACAAAAGCGCUCAGCGAUCAAGACAAAAGACACAUCGCGGACCUGGUUGAGACGGGGCAGACGGAGCUGCUAAACCAUGAAGGAAUAAACGAGAGAAAUAUCUUAGACAUAAUUAAACAGAUCAAAGAAUUCGAACAGGUGUACCCUGAUGGGCUUCGAACAUACGUGGAGAGAGCUAAAUCUUUGAUGAAAAAAUCGGAAAAGAAACUCCACAAUUUUGCGCACUGUGUGAUAGAAAGACCGGAUAAUUUAAUAAAAAUAAAAUUUCCCUGGGAUGAUAUGAUGCACCAUUGUGGUGGAGGUAGCAGAGAGGAGAAGAGAGUAUAUGUACCCGAUGGGCAGCGCGACGGCCAGUUCGAUGGAAAGGAAGAACCUUCUGAUGAGUCGUCAAGCACGUCGAACCAAAGCAGUGAGGAGUACGACGCGAAUGGCACUUUUCCCCAGGGAGGGAACAUCGUCUCCCCGUCGGAGGGCGAGGGCUCUCCGCAGUCCCAGAGGACGCUAUCCCCCAGGACACUAUCCCACGGGGAGUUAUCCCCCACAGCGAUGUCCACCAUAGAGGUUCCCACCAUAGAGUUUCCCACCACAGCGAUGUCUACCAUAGAGAUUCCCAUCACAGCGAUGUCCACCACGGAGAUUCCCACCACGGAGAUUCCCACCACGGAGAUUUCCACCACGCCGCUCUCCUCUGCUUCAUCGAAUGGCGAAGGUUACGACCCGAAUGUGUACAGAAGUAGUUACCUCGCGUUAAGUGAUGAGCCAAAAGGAAGGCAACAAAAUAAAACAAACACACAGAAGGAGGCAACCCAGGUGAGUGGAACCCUCGCACAAAUCGACCAGUACCUGCAGUACGAGCAGAUAGGAUUGAACCAAAUAGAUAAAGUAUGCUUCGUGUUGCUAGCCGGGGGGUUGGGGGAACGAUUAAAUCACAGAGAUAUCAAGUUAAAGCUACUAACAAAUUUAGUCUCAGAAAAAACGUACAUUGAAUACUAUUGUAAUUAUUUGAUAUCUUUCCAAGAGUACAUAAAGAGGAGGAAAAACAAAGAGGUAGACAUCCCCUUCAUUAUCAUGCUGUCCGAUGAUACGUAUGAACAGACGGUCACCUUUUUGCGGAGGAACCAUUUUUUCACUCUUAAGGAGAGUCAAAUAUAUUUUUUAAAACAGAAGAAGGUAUUAUGCUUUAAGGAUAGCGAAGCACACCUCGAUUUUGUGUAUCAAAAUGGCUCAUUUGUCCUUUCCAGAAAACCACAUGGCCAUGGGGACAUCCAUUCUCUCAUUAAAAAUCAGAUUAAUUUGGAUACUCUCAUAGAGAAAGGAUACAGAUAUUUGUAUUUUUUCCAAGACACGAACGCUCUAGCUAUGAAGGUUUUGUUUGUAUGCUUGGGAGUCUCCAUAGAGAAGGAGCUACAUAUGAACUUCUUAGCCAUUUCGAGGAAUCCUGGGGAAGAAAUUGGAGCCAUUUGCAGCUUAACCAACUCGGAUAACUUCAAAAGAGUGGUAAACAUUGAAUAUAAUUUCUUAGAGUCGAUCCUCACAGGUUCAGGGGGACAGGAGUUGGUCGAUGAGGAUGGAUUUUCCUUCUUCCCUGGGAACACGAGUUCUAUUUUGUUCGAAAUGAGGACGUACAACGAGUUGCUGAAAAGAACCAAUGGGUUCGUUCCGGAGUAUGUUAAUCCGAAGUACGCUGAUAAUGAGAGGAAGCAUUUUGUUCGGGCCACCCGAGUGGAAAGCAUGAUGCAGGACUUCGCCUUUCUGUACUACUGUGGGGGGAGGGCAGGACCAGGGAUAGGACCAGGACCAGGCGACGUGUCACACGAAGAGGGUGUGAACGACAUGGGAAGCUAUGUUUGCAAACGGGGGAGAGUCGGCGUGACCCAGCUGGACAGGUGUCUCUGUUUCUCCGCGGUGAAAAACGACCCCGCCAAGGCAAAGAGGAAAGUAGAAAGUGGCAUACACCCAGAAUGCAUGUUCAGCGCAGAAGCAGACCUCUACUACAGCAACUGUGCCUUUUUACAGCUAGCCUGUGUGUACAAUCGGAAGUUGUUCCUGUUAGACGAAUUGGAGGUGAAGACGUUUAACGGAGUUCGCUAUUUCCUACCUCCCAAGGUUUUAUUCGAACCUCAAUUUGCCUUUACCCUAACCGAUUUGAUAAAAAAAGUGACAGGAAAUAUAUCUAUUAGGAGGAACUCCACCCUGUGGGUGAAGUCAGAUGCGCUCAUUCGAAAUUUACAGUUGGACGGGUCACUCAUCAUUGGAGGAGGGGUUAAUUGUGAAGACGCUUCUGCCCUCCCUGUUGUGUUGGAAAAGGACCUGUGUGUGCGGAACAGGGGGGAUGAGCUGGUGGAGCUUUCGGGCAGUGGGGAAGAGGAGAACUCCGAGCAGCUCCAGAUAAGGGGGUAUAAGUUAGUAAAAAGGGAGGUCCUAAUGAUAGGCAGCUAG